AUGAAGCUCCCUGAUCUUCGUGUGCCAAACGUUCGCCUGAAAGCCAGGCUCGCCAUAUACGGCGCAGUUUGCUGUUCACUGAUCUUGUUUCUCUUCUUCCUCGGAAAAAAAACGACAUCCAAGGCGGACAGACUUCAAGCGGAGUACAUCACAGGCAAAUCUCCUCUUGACGAUCUUCGACCUGCUUCACGUUCCGUCUUGUUUCCGGAAGAGGAAAUCGCGAGGAUGAGAGUCACUCAGUACGAAGAUCCUUUGGGAAAACAUUGGGAAGGCCCUGGCGCUGAGCACAUAGAACUUUUUCACUCAAUUUUGAGUGCGAACCCCGGCGGUCUGUAUCUUGAUGUAGGUGCAAACGAAGGUGUACUGAUGAGAUUAGCUGCCAUGAUGGGACAUCCCACGAUAGGCGUCGAGGCUAUAGCUCAAAACUACGUGAGCCUGCUAAAUAUGAUUGAAGAGAAUCAAUAUGCGACCAAUGUUCGGGUUGUUCACGCGGCUGCAUCGGACCGCUCUGGCACGAUGGUGGCCUUCAGUGAAAAUCACUCAGGAAAGCAGAGAAACGGCCAACAACUCGUGAAAGGGCAGUCGUCCGAGUUCCCAAUCCAAUACUCGCCGACAGUAGCUUUGGAUGAUAUUGUCGCCUCGAAAGUCUGCUUGAUGAAACUUGACGUUGAAGGGACCGAAUAUAACGCGUUGAGAGGUGCGAAAAGCCUCGUUACCUUGAGGAAAAUCAGGUUCGUUCACUUUGAGUUUUCUCCUUCAAACAUGGCAAGUUUAUCGGGGACAACUGCACCGAAAGAUAUGCUGCUAUAUUUACUCGAGAACGGCUACAAACUUUACGUUGAAAGCGUCUCAAAGCAAAACAUGGACGACGUGGUCGUUCACGAGCUGCCUCAGUUGCGGCAAAGCGAAACCGGGGCUGCCUUUUUCAACCGAUUGUCAACCAAUGAAUUUCGCGGAAGUGAUCAGCGAGAAGUCCUUUCAGGAGACGUGGACGACUUCGUGGAUAUGUUUAUCUCGCGCUCAACUAACCGCAGUCUUCUUGUUAACUUUUUGGCUGUGCUCAAUUGA